AGAGGAGAUUAAUAGAGAUCUGAUUCCACAGAGAGAUCUGAGCUUGGACCCCUAUGGAGAAAGGAUCCCUGUGGAUCCUCUAGAGGAGACUUUACCUCUUUAAACCUUUGUGAUGCUUUUAUUUGGAAGUAUCACCUACUUCCUGUAAUGGAGUCAAACAGUCAAAGAUCAGUUCGACACUUUAAUAAUCAAUAACCUUCAGAGACCUGAGCUCUAAACCUGUUCUGGAUUAAUUUUAAAUCUUCAGCUUCAGGUUUUAAAGAGUCUGAUCAUCUCAGAGGGAUGCUAAAGCUAACUGGCUAACAGCCGCUUCUUCUUCUUCUUCAUCUCUUUAACAAGGAGAGGAAACCAGAGAAGAAGAGCUGAGAUCUGACAGUGGUACUGAAGGAUUUUUUUUAGCAGGAUACCAGUGUAUGACCAGGACCUGAGGAUCUGAUCCACUCUAACCACAAACUGGGACCAGCAGACCGAAAGGACUCUAAACUGGAUCUGCUGCAGCUUUUCUUCCUGUAAAAUCAGACUUUAGGGUAAAUUAUAGAAAUUUGGACCUGAACCAGCCCAGAACCGAGCCUUGUCCGAAACUUCCUGGCUUCUGAUCGGUUCUUAGAGUAGAGUAGAUUAGUAGAUCAGCACAGAGACUCUGUGUUUGGUGUUUUGAGAUCAUCAAUCAGAGGAGGAAUCUGGAUGUUUGAUCAUGAUUGGAUUUGUUGGUUUUAGAGUCGGUAGGAUCAAAACUGGGAGGAGUGAAGACACAGAUAUACAAAAACAGAAUCAUGUGAGUCCAAAAGAGGAAGUGCUGUGUUUCUCCUUAUUUACAAGCUCUUCCUGUUGAAGUCUGAGACUCCGGCAGCUUCAACUCCUGCAGAAGAUCACUCCAGCCUCCAGGAUGGACGCUCUGGUCGGACCCAUGCAGACUCUCUUCAAAGACCUGAAAGCGAACAGUAACCUGAUUAUCUUCAGCGUCCUCGUCUUUGUCUACCAGGCUGUAGAGAGGGAGUUCCCCUGCUCCUGUCAACCUCAGGCUCUCUUCUGCCUGGCCUACAUGCUGAUGCCCGCUGGUCUUCUCUUCAUUAUGAUGCUGGCCACAGACGCUCAGUUUCAGAGAGCGUUAAAGUUCUCGUGCUGGAACUGUUCCGGGAGCUUCUGCUGGGUUCUGACCCGUUGCUCGUUGAAGGCUCUCUGUGUGGGUCUGCUGUGGGUCGCCGCCGUGCUGCUGGAUGCUGAAUUUUACGUUUGCUGCUGGAAUGAGAAUUCUCGAGCGGUGGCAAGGCAACAGUGUGAGAGGAAGAUGGACGUCAUGACUGGAGGUGAAGAGGUGGUGACCAUCAAUGAAAUGGUCAUGAACUCGAGGGUAAGGCUUGACUUUCUUUAAAGGUAGAUUAAAAGUUCUCACCUCUCAGGUCCCAACAGUCCUGGGUGAGGCUGCACGAUAUUGGAAAAAGCUAACAGUGGAAUUCUUUUAACCCUGCGAUAUUUACAUAGGCUGUAUACACUCACCGGCCACUUUAUUAGGUACACCAUGCUAGUAACGGGUUGGACCCCCUUUUGCCUUCAGAACUGCCUCAAUUCUUCGUGGCAUAGAUUCAACAAGGUGCUGGAAGCAUUCCUCAGAGAGCUUGGUCCAUAUUGACAUGAUGGCAUCACACAGUUGCCGCAGAUUUGUCGGCUGCACAUCCAUGAUGCGAAUCUCCCGUUCCACCACAUCCCAAAGAUGCUCUAUUGGAUUGAGAUCUGGUGACUGUGGAGGCCAUUUGAGUACAGUGAACUCAUUGUCAUGUUCAAGAAACCAGUCUGAGAUGAUUCCAGCUUUAUGACAUGGCGCAUUAUCCUGCUGAAAGUAGCCAUCAGAAGUUGGGUACAUUGUGGUCAUAAAGGGAUGGACAUGGUCAGCAACAAUACUCAGGUAGGCUGUGGCGUUGCAACGAUGCUCAAUUGGUACCAAGGGGCCCAAAGAGUGCCAAGAAAAUAUUCCCCACACCAUGACACCACCACCACCAGCCUGAACCGUUGAUACAAGGCAGGAUGGAUCCAUGCUUUCAUGUUGUUGACGCCAAAUUCUGACCCUACCAUCCGAAUGUCGCAGCAGAAAUCGAGACUCAUCAGACCAGGCAACGUUUUUCCAAUCUUCUAUUGUCCAAUUUCGAUGAGCUUGUGCAAAUUGUAGCCUCAGUUUCCUGUUCUUAGCUGAAAGGAGUGGCACCCGGCGUGGUCUUCUGCUGCUGUAGCCCAUCUGCCUCAAAGUUCGACGUACUGUGCGUUCAGAGAUGCUCUUCUGCCUACCUUGGUUGUAACGGGUGGUUAUUUGAGUCACUGUUGCCUUUCUAUCAGCUCGAACCAGUCUGGCCAUUCUCCUCUGACCUCUGGCAUCAACAAGGCAUUUCCGCCCACAGAACUGCCGCUCACUGGAUAUUUUUUCUUUUUCGGACCAUUCUCUGUAAACCCUAGAGAUGGUUGUGCGUGAAAAUCCCAGUAGAUCAGCAGUUUCUGAAAUACUCAGACCAGCCCUUCUGGCACCAACAACCAUGCCACGUUCCAAGUCACUCAAAUCACCUUUCUUCCCCAUACUGAUGCUCGGUUUGAACUGCAGGAGAUUGUCUUGACCAUGUCUACAUGCCUAAAUGCACUAAGUUGCCGCCAUGUGAUUGGCUGAUUAGAAAUUAAGUGUUAACAAGCAGUUGGACAGGUGUACCUAAUAAAGUGGCCGGUGAGUGUAUAUCAUGAUAUUAAAAACAGAGGAAUUUUCAGUAGAUGAGCUGAAUCUCACUUUCUGCUGAAAUCUUGAGGACAGUUAACCUGCACUGAUCUUACCUCUUUUAGUGAAUGUUAGUAGAAUGGCUUCUGUCUGUCUUAGAGAUAUUUUUAGCUUUUAUUGUUCUGGGACGUUAUUGUGGAAACAGAUGAAUACAGAUCACGUGUUUUAGUCGACAUCAUCCUUCUUAUAACCGAAAUAAUUCCAGAUAACUGACGUUGUAUUGUCGAAUUCAUAGAUGCAGAGAUGCAAAAAUGAACCACAGGAAGACAGAAUCAACUGGCAGUCUCUCAUGGGAUUUUAUUUUAGUUACAGCAUCAACCAGGACUCAUGACGAUCUUGAUAAAUGAAUGGACUGAACCAGACUGACAGACGGACAGUAAAAGCCCCAAAAAUCCCCAGAACUUUUCCUUCGUUGCCUUCUUAUACCCCCCCCAAUGGUUUCAUUAGUCUUAUUCCCGUAUGCGGCCUUCACGUUGGUGCCUGAUAGUCAACAACGUGACUUCUUCUGUAAACAUGCACAUAUUUUUUGCUUGCCGGCUCUGCCAAUUUUCAUUUCUGGACUCAAGAUAACAAUUAUUCUUGUGUGGAAAGUUCACCAUGACCUGGACUAUCUCUGGCUGUAUCCUGUAUCCUAUUUUGAAAUAACUUUGCUCAAAAACAUGUCUUUUAUUUGCGCCCACAUUUGCAUUUCUUUUUACCAACAAGUCUUCAUCUUCUGUGGUUUUCUCUUGGUCAUUGCUCAUUUUACAAUCGUUGUUGUUGUUGUUACCGGUGUUGUACUGAGAAACGCAUGUCCACCGAGAAUUGCAUCCACCCUGCAGAAACGCGCACCGCUUAUAGUAGAGUGGUCCACGGAAAUGUACAAUUUCAAACCCAUACAGUUCUUCUGAUGAGGAGUGAUGAGGAGCCUUCCCAAAGUCAUUCUCAGCAGCAACUCACUCCAUGUGCAGGGGCGUGGUUUCCUCUUCUCUAAUUUUGAUUGACGGCUGGCAGGGUAGUCUGAUUGGCAACUGAGUAAAGAGCAAAUGUCAUUUGUGGAUCGCUGCACAGCACAUGCAGAGUCUACAUGCAGUGUAUCUCAGUCAGGUUCCCCUUGAAAUUAGAUGAGUACAUUCACCUCCGACAUCACAAUGUGAUUAUUGCGCAUACGUACAUCACCAUAACGACGCUCUAACAAUAUAUCAUGCAGCCCUAGUCCUGGGAGAGUCUUCUUGGACUGAUGGGACCAACAAAGGUUUGAACCGUCCCAACUGAUGGAGUUAAGCUAAAUAUGAAGAAAGAAAACUUAAUUUAUUUCAAGAGGAAUAAUGAUUGAAAAAACUGAACUGAAGCAGUCAGCCUGUGUCUGAGAGCCAGGCGUCAAACCUGAUGUUCCCUGAAAUCUGUGAUCUAAUAACCUUCUGUCUCUCUCUCUCUGUUUGCAGCUUUAUGGCAUGUCUCUGCUCUUAUUGAUGGCUGCCGGCUUUCUUUUCCUGAUGUCCGGGAGGUCGCUCCUCGACACCAAGUACAAUGAUUCAUGUUGUUUCAAGAGAAACGGCGACCUCCAUGAGAUAAUUCUGGAGGUGGGGGAGGAGGUGGUGUCAGCGGCUCAGAAAAAGAAACGAGAGGACUUGCUGAAGGAGACGGUGAAGAAAGACCUGGAGAAGAAAGAGUGGGUCAAUUACCUGGAGGUAGUUGAACAAGCCAUAAAGUCAGUCGAUAAGGUAACGCCGCCAUUUAUUUUUUUUGGCAUGUUUUCAUCGACACGUUUUACUCUGUGAGUGUUUUUGAAUCUUGGUGACACCACCUGAAAAUGUUCAUGACAGCACUUAUCUCUGUUUUCAGCAGAGCCAUGAGAAAACCACAGUACAGUUACACAUGAGUGUGUUCAGUGAGAAAACGCUAUAACAAAAUUUUCUAUGUAUCUCAAACUCACAGCAUCGUUUAUAGUCACCAUUGCACAAGUGACUUCCUCUUGUUGAUGAGGAAGAGUGACCGUCUUCACAAUCCUGCGUGAGGCGGAGUAAAAUUACAGUAAUGUACUGUAAACAUGAGAUAUACUGUGAUCACCUGUAUUAAUAUGGUGUACUUGUAAAAUACUGUGUUAACCUGUAUUACUAUAGUGUUCUUGUAAAAUACUGUGUUUACUUGUAUUACUAUAGUGUACAGUAUAGGUUUUACAGUAUAGUCCAGUACUGCAGAGCAGAUUUACUGUAUCGUAGUGGACAGUAAAGAUUUUACAGUACCAUAGUGUAAAAUAUUUACUGUACAAUACCAUACAGUAAAUCUGCUCUGCAGUACAGUACUAUACUGUAAAAAUUGAACUUUACACUACAAUAUAGUAAAGGUUUGACAGUACUACAAUUGAUAAUCUUUACUUUACAUUACAUAACAAUAAAGAUUUUACAGUACCAUACUGUAAAAUAUUUAUUGUAAACUACAAAACAGUAAAUAUAUUACAGUACCAUACUGUAAAAUUUUAAUUGUACACUAUAAUACAGGAUGACAGGAGAACAGAUAUUUUAGUUUAAUUGACUCUUCUGUUCUCCCGACCAAAUAUUUGAAUAAAUGAAGUUUCAGUGUUCCUCCCAACAUCAGGGGCUGCAGCCUCUAAGGUGAACACUGAGGUUCUCAGGUAAACUCGGUGAGUUCAAUUUGGAACCUAACCUGCCCCGGAGCAGGUUAGCCAUUCAGCAUACGUUGCCGUGGAGACUCCCCUCGCUAAGAAGUGAUCGCGCGUUUUAGAACAGGAAACCCGAAACUUACCCCCAAAGCUGCGGCUAAGCAGUAAUCCUGCUUCGUAGAACAGGCCCCAGGUCCUGCAGUGACACAAUCCUGCAGAGGUGAACAGACUAGGCUAUGGUCCUCACAGUGGGCAGCUUUGGUCUUAUUCUCAUCGGCAGGCUCUUCCCUUUUCUCUCUUCCUGUGUCCUCAUCCACUGUCACUGAGUAUCUCCUCUGACCUUACAGAGCGCACAGCAGUGGCGAGGGGCAGGAGGAGGAGCAGGAGGAGGAGGAGGAGAAGAAGGGGGAGUAGAGCUGCAGGAGAUACAGAUUCAGCAGACUCAGGUCUGUGGGAUUUUGAUUUGAUCCAAGUGUCAGUGUGUUAAAGCCAAAUUAAAUAAAAAAAAUAAAAAAAUAAAAAUAAAAUAAAGAUAAGAACGAAUUUUUUUUUUUUAAAUAAUAAAAAAUACAAAAUGAAAAGAUAAUGAAAUAUAUAUAUAUAUAUAUAUAUACAUACAUAUAUAUACUGUAUACUGUAUAUAUAAAUGAAGAAGAAAAAAAGUUAAAUUUUGACAUUUUCUUUCUUCUCUAAUAAACUGAAGAAGGAUCACUGUAAAACAAACAGGUAACUGUGUUUUUCCUCCAAAUAUUCAGGGUCACCAGCAGCCAGCAGAGACCCCUGACCUCUGACCCCUGACAGCGCCACAGAUACUGAUGAUUGAUCAAAUGUUGGCAGCUUUAAUCAGCUGAUUGACUGAAGAAUGUAACUCUGUACAAACAUUAAAGAUCAACUUUUACACUCAUACAGUUUGUCAGUCUGUGUCCUGGUCUGAGGGGUCUGCAGGGUGGUACCUGAUCCUGACCCUGGACCGGUAUAAGUCCUAGAUGGGGGGCAGGUUGACGGGAUGAUGGCGGUGUGGAAGUGGACCAGCAGCUCCUGAGGUGGGUUGAACUUCCUGAGCCGUCACAGGAGGGCUCCCUGUCUGUGUUCGCUUCACUCUCCGAGUUUUUCUGAACUUUAAUAAUCAUCAUAAAAUGAUCGUCUGUGAUAAAACAUCAAAACAUACAGGAAGGAGGAAAGUCCUGAAAACCACAAAGACCAGAGGCGGGAAGAUCUGGUCUAAAGUGACAUGAUGUCAAUAAACCAGAAACCUCAGGGUUGUUUUUGAUCAUGUCUUUACAGGAUCAUUUAGAGCGACAGCUGACCAAAAAUAGUUUUUAUCAUCUGAGAAAUAUCUCUAAAGUGAGGAGAAUGUUGUCCAAACCAGAUCUUGAAUUGAUCAUUCAUGUGUUUAUCUCAUCACCUAUUGAUUAUUGUAAUUCUCUGUUCAUUUGUUUUAAUAAGGCGGUGAUAAAGAGACUUCAGUUUGUCCAAAACUCAGCCGCCAGACUUCUGACAGACACGCCCACAUCUCACAUCACCCCUGUCUUAUCGUGUCUUCAUUGGCUAAUGGUCAAUUAUUGUAUUAAUUUUUAAAUUUAAGUUCUGACUUUCCGGGCGCUGCAUGGUCAGGCCCCCCAGUAUUAGUAGGGUCUGUUAGGUGAAAAAUUGUUACACGGUGGAUACAAGCAUGAUAUUUGGCACAUAUGUCCCUUAGGUCAUCCUAGAAGGGGUGCCCAAAAAAAUGUCAAACAGGAAGUGAGUUAUUGAUAAAAUUCAAAAUGGCCUCCUAAACAGGUGACAGUUUACUCAAAAAACACCUAAAGAAUGUCCAAAAAUCAUAAAAUUUGGCACACGUGACCCUUGGGGCAUCCUGAGACAUCCUAGAUAUAGUGGCCAAAAACAGGAAGUGGAUUAUUGACGAAAUUCAAAAUGGCCGCCUAAAGUGUUGCCGAUUGAUUCAAAUAGCCUCUUGAAUCUCAGAGAAGCAUAUUAUUUGGCACAUAUGUCCCUAGAGUCAUCCUAAUACAUCCUAGAAGGGGUGCCCAAAAUAAUCCGAAACAGGAAGUGAGUCAUUGACUAAAUUUAAAAUGGCCUACAGUGUUGUUGAUUGACUCAAAAGUCAUCUCAAGAAUCUCAUAAAACUAUAACGUUUCUCACAUGUGUACCUUGGGUUAUCCUAAACAUCCCAGAAAGGGUGCCCAAAAUAAUCUGAAACAGGAAGUGAGUUAUUGAUAAAAUUGAUAGAUGAUGCAAAUGAAGGGGCAGAAAGAAAGGGAGAUGAUGCUCACGGUGCAGGCAUUAUUUUUCGAAACCCUAUAAAUGCAUACAAAACUAUUUGAAUUACAACCCUCUGAGAGAUAGAGAGAGAGAGUUGUGCCUAUACAGUAUAGUAUAUACUGUACAGUACAGUAUAUGAGUGCUGGAUCUAUGGUCAUAUAAAGUUGUCACAAUAUAUUACCUAAAUAUAAUCAUUCAUAGGGCCUACUAGAAGUUUUUUGAAGCACAACUUUGUAUCUGGCAUCAACAAUAUAUCACUCACAGAAGGAUUAAUGUGUGAAGUCAUGUCUUUCAGAGUAUAUUUUAAGCCAAUUUAUUCUCGUUUAAAGGUCUUUAAAACAUAUUUUACACAUUUUUCUUGGGUGGCUUUGGCCAAAUCCUUUAUUAUUGGUCUAUUUACUAUAAAUGAAAAUCUAUAAUUAGCAGUUCAAGCCAAAAUUUCAGAAUUAGACCACAUCUUAGGAAUUAUGGUUCAUUUCUGGCGGCCAUUUUGGAUUUUCCCCUAUAAAAGCCAUUUAAUGGGUCAAAAUUUUUGGGCACCCCUUCUGAGAUGAUG